UUCAAAACCCUAAACCCCUGAUGUCAAAAUUUCCUUUUGCCCUUUCUACAAAAAAUCAGAGGGGAAAAAAUAACAAAUCAGAAGCUUCAAUGUCCGCCGCCAGAUCCGUUCUCCGCUCCGCCGCAGGCCGCGUCUCCGCCGCUGCGUCGAGAUUCUCCGCCGGUCCGAAGCCUUGUCCGGCGUCGGCGCGGUCGACGUUUCGGAUAUCCAAACAGAGCCCACUAUCUCAUCGCAUUUUCAGAUGUCCGGUGGAAAUGAGCUGCUGCCUGGAGACGAUGAUGCCGUACCACACGGCCACUGCGUCUGCUUUGCUCGAUUCGAUGCUCUCUGUUUCUCGCCGCUCUUGCUGGACCCUCGAAGAUUCCUAAUGCAGUGGUUGCAUCUCUCUCUGGAUGGUUCGAGGGUUCUGGCAAAAGUUUCAGGUGACUGUUGGUUCAAGGCAUUGAAGGCUUAGUGGUGGCUCUGUUACUUCUGAAAACCCAUCAAGUGUUUCUAUAGUUUUUAUUAAGUAAAGUUACUUCAAAUCUUCAAAUAAUAUGGUAAUUUUUUUUA